AUGUUAUCGCCUUUGAAAAAGAAGACCAAAUUUUCAAAAUUAUCAUACAACAUACAUAUCGUUGUUGAUAAUUCAAAUCUUUUUAUUGGUGCUCAACUUGGUCAAGGUAUAAAUGGACAACAAGAUGCUGCUAUCCGUAUUAAUGUUGGAAAUUUGGUUCAAAUUAUUGAAGAGAAUAAAAAUUUACAGGAUAUAAAGACAAGAAUUGUCGGUGGUAGUACGCCACCUCGUACAUCACGAGUUUGGGAUGAAUGGGAAAAAUGUAAUUAUAAAUGUUUACUUGGUGAUCGAUCUAUGUUUAAUAAAGAAGUAUUCUUAGAUGAUAUGUUGCAUUCACAAAUUCAAAACUUAAUUUUGAAAAAUUUGUCGCAUCGAGGAAAUAUACAACAAAUUCUUAUACUAAUUAGUGGCGAUGGAAAUGCAAAUAAUAAUCGAACAAGUUUUCCCGAUAUAGUAACUAUAGCACUAGAACAUGGUUGGACAGUGACAUGUGAAUGGAUUUGGUUAUGCAAGUAUGGAUGA